CCAACAUGAAGAAGGAGGUGUGCUCCGUGGCCUUCCUCAAGGCGGUGUUUGCAGAGUUCCUGGCCACCCUCAUCUUCGUCUUCUUCGGCCUCGGUUCAGCCCUCAAGUGGCCAUCGGCACUGCCCACCAUUCUGCAGAUCUCGCUGGCCUUUGGCUUGGCUAUAGGCACCCUGGCCCAAGCCCUGGGGCCGGUGAGCGGAGGCCACAUCAACCCGGCCAUCACGCUGGCGCUCUUGGUAGGCAACCAGAUCUCGUUGCUCCGGGCUGUCUUCUAUGUAAUAGCGCAGCUCGUGGGUGCCAUUGCCGGAGCAGGCAUCCUUUACGGAGUGGCACCGACCAAUGCCCGGGGUAACCUGGCCGUCAACGCGCUCAACAACAACAUCACGACAGGCCAGGCUGUGGUGGUAGAGCUCAUCCUGACCUUCCAGCUGGCACUCUGCAUCUUCGCCUCCACUGACACACGCCGCUCCAGCCCUGUGGGCACCCCGGCCCUAUCCAUUGGUCUUUCUGUCACACUGGGCCACCUUGUGGGGAUCUACUUCACUGGCUGCUCCAUGAACCCAGCUCGCUCUUUCGGCCCUGCAGUGGUCAUGAAUCGGUUCAGCUCCUCGCACUGGGUGUUCUGGGUGGGCCCCAUCGUGGGAGCCGUGCUGGCUGCCAUGCUCUACUUCUAUCUGCUGUCCCCCCACUCCCUGAGCCUCAGCGAGCGUGUGGCCAUCAUCAAGGGCACAUACGAGCCUGAGGAGGACUGGGAGGAGCAACGUGAGGAGCGCAAGAAGACCAUAGAGCUGACUGCCCACUGACCAGCAUCAGCAGGGCGAAAAUCACAGGAGAAAAAGAAGAAAAAUGUGACAGUAGAGCUUCCUUCUCCACAGCUGCUUCUUGGCUGGGGAAGAGGCGCCAGAAUCCCCAGGCUGCAGUUUGAGAUGGAAGCAGGGACCAUGAUGGGGCACUCUGGGAGGGGGCCAGAGCGGGAGUCUCAUGGGGACCAGGUUUUUCUGGGUCAGGGCAGGUUGUGAUGCUGGAAUGUCAGACCUCAAAAAUUGGAAAGCAGUGCCAAGCUUACAUGCUGCCCUGGGGCCAGGCCAGAAAGGGGUGCUGUGUCUGCUUCCCCACACUCCCCACCCCUCAGAACUACAGCCAGGCCCUUGGGGCCAGUGCAGCUCCCCAGAGUGCCUCAGCAGGGAGACAGGCUGCUUCCUUCAAUACCACCUUAUUUAUUUUUGGACAGGGCUGCUUGGAAUGGGGCUGCUGGAGUUUGGGUUGGGGAUUCCCAAUAAAACACUGAUCCUCA